AUGACUAAUGUUCAGCUGUUAAUUGGAGACCUCAAUGGGCUAUCAACAGAUUCAAAAAGAAGGUUUCCUGAGAUCAGACUGUCAUGUGAGGCUGCAAUUAAUGUACUAAAAAGUUAUUCAUCAGUAGUCCCAAUUCAAGAAAUUAAUAAAGAGAAUCACAGGGAAGAGGUAUUGAAACCAUUUAUUUUAUCAUGUAAAUCAGGAAACAUCAAAUUGACCAACAUUUCAAUACCAGUUAUUUACAAAUUAAUAUUGGCCCAUUUAAUACCUGAACUGGAUAUUUCUCAAGUUUUACUGUGUUUACUGGAAGCUUCUAAUUUAGCUGUUGAUAUUCAAUUGAGAAUUUUACAAUGUUUACCGGCAUUAAUGCAAAAAUAUUCAAUUAUAGGACCUAAUUUGCUUGAUAUGUUAUCAAUUUGUUCUAGUUUGACGGCAAAUAAUAAAUCAUCAAUGGUGGUGAAUACCGCUUCAGCAACUUUGCAACAAUUAUUUGCCAAUGUUUUUGAUAGUAUUGGCGACAAUACUAACGAAAAGGAGAAAAGUCAUAAAGUGGUAAUAGAUAACGACGAAUCAGUGCAAAUUGAUGAUUUAUCGCAUGAAGGGUUUUUGAUUUUUCAAGAUUUAUGUAACUUUAUCGACAAUGAAUCACCCACUUAUUUGAAAGACUCCAUUCAUAUAAAACUAUAUUCAGUGCUUGAAAUUGUCGAGAGUAUUAUCCAGGGACACCAAGUUUUGUUUCAAACUCAUAAGGAGUUGGCCUACUUAUUACGAGUACGACUUUUCCCAUCAAUGUUGAAAGUCUUGAAUUCUGUUACAAGAAAUUUCCCAUUGGUGAAUAGAACAAUAAGGAUUAUAAAUGUUCUAUUAUCAACCCAAUUGGAAAAUCUCAAAAUAGAGAGUGAAAUCGUUUUGUCCUUUUUCUGUCAUUUAUUAAUUGAUGGAGGAGAGACUGAGGAAAAUGAGUCUAGUUGGGAAAAGUACAUGGUUCUUGAAUUACUCAAAAAUUUGUUCAGUGAUUUUCUGGUGCUUAAGCUAAUUUUUCAACAAUAUGAUUAUAAUAAACUGAUGAAAAAUGUGUUGAAAGAAUUGUUUAGCGUGUUUAUGGUAUAUUUACAAAAGAGCAAUACUCUUGUCAAUGAUAUUGUCAGACCAGUUGCAAAAUUGCCUCUGGGCACUUUUUCAACCGAUGGAGCUAGCUCCAGUGUUUCUACCUUACAUGGUUCCAAUGGCAAUUACUUAUCACGUGCAGCUUCAAAUUUGAAACCACUGGUUCUUGAUCAUUUGGAUAAAUUAGAAUCACCCAGCAAUAUUCCUUCCACUUAUGGGAUUUAUUUGAUUUAUCAGAUAUUAAUUUAUUUUUCCGAUGGUGUGGCUAACUUUGUUUAUAAUUUAAACGAUGAAUCCAAAGAUCCAGCUACUUUAGAAGCCGAUGUUGAAUUAGCAAAUGCUUUGAUUGAAGUAUCUGGUGUUGAUGUUAGUUUAUUAUAUGAGAAUUUAAUUUACACGUCAAUGGAUGAUGAAGGGUUUAAUAUGUUGAUUAAAUCGUUUCAAAAAUUCACUCAUGCUACUGGGUUAUUAGGAAUAACGGCUACUAGAGAUCGUUUGUUGACGAUUUUGGCAAAAGCAAUUAUAAAGAAUACCACUAGAAAUGAUAUUAAUGAAAUAAAUUCACAAUCUCAUUCAUCAGGAUCGAUGUUGCAAGAGCAGAAAAAACAGUUGCUAGCAUUUGGAGGAUCUAUAGUUGAAUCGAUAAGCACGUCCAUUGCAGGAGAAGGUAGUAAUGAGAUAAAUCAAGCGAAUACUUCUGCUGCUUCCUCAACUGCAUCAACAACACUGGGGAUGAAUUCUCCUGUAUCACAUGGUACAAGGUAUUUUAAUUCUCGUCAUGUUGUUUGUCUUAGAGUAUUAGUAAAUACUGCAAUUUCUUUAAAGUCUACAUUACAAGACUCUUGGAACAUUAUUUGGAUUGCGUUACAAUGGUGUGGAUAUUAUCUUGAUGGACCCGAUCAGUUUAGUCCAUAUUACAACAACACCAAAUUGCAACAGACAUUAAAGGAGUUCAAAAAACCACAAAUCAGUGCACAGGAUGUCACUAAUGCGGAAAACUCUUUAAGGAAAUUAUAUACAAGUAUUGGUGAUAGUUCCGUUGAAACGUUUAGAACUAUACUUAUCACCUUAACUAGAUUAUCUGAUUAUGCUUUGGAUAUUAAUAAUCAGAAAUAUGAAGACGAAUUACCUAUAUCCAGUUUUAAUAAGAGUUAUUUUGUUUCCCGAUUAGCACAAAUUAGUGAUAUUGAUGAAGUUCAUAAUUGGUUAAUUAAGGAUGAAGAAUCAUGGGAAAUUGUUAGUUCAUAUUUUAUAGGUUUGGGAACGAAAAGAAACAUUCAUUUCAGUUUAAGAAAUUAUGUUGUUGAAUCAUACACAAAAGUUAUUGAGACUGUGGCAUUUUUUGGAUUUCAGCAUGAUGAUUUGAUUGAAGAAACUUCUCAAAAAACAUUGAAUGGGUUAAAUGGAUAUUUGGAAAAAUUAUUUGGGAUGGGAUCAUCCAAAGAACUUUUAAUUAAUAAUCGUGAAACAGAAAUUCAUCUUUUAAUUCUUACUACAUUGCAUACAUUGAUUGACAAAUAUGAUAAGAAUUAUCAGCAAACGUGGAAUGAAGUAUUUAAACUUUUGAAUACGCCUUUCCGUACAGUAAAGAAAGAGGAUGAUGUGGAAGAAGCCAUUAAUAAUGACGAUACUAAACCUGAUGAAGGCAUUUCAGUAAAGGACAAAACUCAGCUUUUGGUUGAAAAAUCAUUCGACACUCUAAAGUUAAUUCUUGAUGAAUUUUUGUCUACUCUCCCAUUCAAUCAAUUUAAAUUUUUGAUUGAUACAUUGUCCAAUUUUGUUUACCAAGAGUAUGAUUUGAAUAUAUCAUUUAGUUCUGUUAGUUAUUUUUGGUUGAUUAGUGAUUCGUUAAAAUCAAGAAUGGUAUCUUUUAAAUGUGAAACCGUACGGAAAUCAUCGGACAACACAGCUGAAAUACAUGGUGAUGAAAACCAACUAAUUGAAUUUAUUGGUGGAGAAAAGAUUGAAAGCUAUAACUUUUACAUUUAUUUAAACAUUUAUUUAUUGUUAAGUUUAGCUAAAAUCUCCAAACAUGAAGUUAAUAGAGCACAAGUAAGAGAUGGUGCUAUUCAAACAUUUUAUCAAAUCAUAGAUGUUCAUGGAAAUGUUUUGAAAAAUAAAUCUUGGGAUAUGAUUUAUGAUAUUGUUCUUUUACCUAAUUUUUUCACUAUUGUUCCAGAAUCAUCAAGAAGUAAAGAUUGGUUGGAUAGUUUACAAUUAAUUUUUACAGGGUUAAUUAGUCUUUACAAUAAAUUUGUUUUACAUGAUAACGAUAAUGACAUUGUUAUGAAAUGGCAACAUUUAAUCGAGUAUUUGGAUAAGUUAUUGAAACUACAAUGGAUUGAUUUAAAUUUGAAAAUUUUUAAAUCAUUACAAGAUUUGAUGAUUUCGUACGGCGGGAGUAAGAAUAGAAUUAAACAAGUGGGAGAUUUGUUUUUCAAAAUCUGGUCACAAUUUCCUAUUGAGUACGAUUUAAUAAAUAAUAAUUAUCAAGAAUCUUUGGUUCAAUACAUGCAAUGUUUUCCUCCUUUGUAUAAGAUAACAUUGAAGGGCUUGUCAAUUUCAGAUAUGGAUGUUAUAAUUAACAUUUUUAACAAAUGUGGAAUGUAUCCUGUUUUACCAAACAAUCAAUCCGACAAUGUAAAACCGACUAACUUGCAGAAUUCUAUUUUACACAAUUUGAAACUUUUGAGUAAUGUUGAUAAACAGGAUGCUAAUACUGAUAAUAAUAUCAAAUUACGUUUGGAAUUUGAACCUUUAGUGGUGCAACAAUUGAGUAAUAUUAUUAUUUAUCCGUAUGGAAUAAGAAAUAGAAUUGAAGCCAAAUUACAAAACAAUGAGAUUGUCAAAAAUAAGUUACCCACAUUUAUUGCUUUCAGUCAUUUGAGUUUGAAUUUAUUAAAUGAGAGUUUAGAUAAUUUUGAUGGAUUUUUCACUACUACUGGUAAUGAUAAUGCAAUAAUGAAAUGUUUAAGGUCCUUACUUGAAAUUAUUGAAAAUAAAUCUAUUGGAAUAAAUAAUAAGGGAGACAAUCAAAAAUCAUCAACACCGGAACUUUGGAUUGAAAGUAAUAAUAUAUUUGUUAAAAUUGUCAAACAAUUGAUCAAUCAUCGUGACAAGAAUAACUUAUUAACCAAUGAUGAAUUUUGGAAAUUAAUUAUACAAAGAAUUGAAAUUAGUUUUAUUGCAUAUGAUGAGAAAAACCAACAAAUAAAUAUUAAACAAUAUCAAGAGUUAAUAGAGUUGGUGUUACCAGAAUUGAUGAAACAUGGAAGCAAUCAACAGGUGAUUGAAGAUUUAGUGAUUAAACUCUAUGAGAACUCCUACUUGUAUAAACAUAAUGAUUUAGAAAUUAGAUUAAUGGAUCAAGACAAGUAUACCAUUGACAAAAUAAUUGAUAAUUUAACAUUAUAUAAAUUUGAAGAAUAUUUUGGUACAACAGAAUGUAUUGAGAAAUAUCCAAAUUUACGAAUUAGAUUGAAUUGUCUUGAACAAUUGAUCAAAUUUCUGCUUGAGGGAUCCUCCACUACUACUACUGAUUCACACAAAAAUGUUUUGAAACAAUUGUGUGAAAAAUAUUUGAUAUUAAGAGCUAGUUUUACAUUUAGAAGAAUUUUGAAUGAUAUCAAAUUAGUUUAUAAAUGUCCAAUUCCAAUUAUUCAACAAAGAGAAUUGCUAAUGAUUUUGAACGGGUUGAAUGAGAUGUCAGUGAAUAAUAACAAUAGUGAUGGUUUGAAGAAAUUAUUCCAUUUAUUGAUUCAAUUAAUUCCUUAUUCAUCGAGAAUACAUAAUUUAGACAAGGUAUUGCCUCAAGUGUUGAUUAAAAUAUCACUGUAA